AUAAAGACGAUUAUAUUAUUAUCAAAAUAACCUAUUCUAUUUUCUGUUUUUUUUCUAAUAAUUCUAUAUUCAACACAGUAUUUUAAUAUCAUGUUUGUUUUUCGUGAGUAGAAAUGUUCAGCUCCUUGGUCCGUGUUUGACCUCUUUGUAACAGCCAAUCAUAUGUUACAAUGGACAGGUAUAGCCGCCUAUCACCAUAAAGAAACAUGGAAUAUAUAUAUAUCCAUAUGACAAAGCUUCCAUAUGUGUGAAAAACUAGUUGUUAUGUUAGCGUUUGCGGCAGUGCGCGCGUGGGCACCUGGCUUGCCUCGCGACGACUGGAAGUGACACACGCGGCUUCACGAGCGAGGAUACCAGCGGAGGGAACUAGGAGAAGACUGACCCCUCGGGAAUAAGUGGAUUAAAGAGCAUCAGAUGUUCUUUGUGAUGUGUUAUGGCGCACGUGUUCAGAAAGACAAAGUUGGCUCGUCCAGGGGACAAACAUGCAAGAUGUGAGAGUCCGGAAGAACCACCGAUCCCUGACCUUUCUCACUUGACCCCGGAAGAGAUUGAUAUCCUUCAGAAGGUCAUUCAACGACAGGAAGAGUUCGAGAAUGAAGAGGCUUCAUGUAUCUGGGCCAUCCGGCAGCAGUUGGAGCAGUAUGAAGAUGCUGUACGGGCUCAAGGCAGCGGUAAAGGUCGCCUUAAGCACAUCGAUCUACGUCUGUGUCGAUUAUGCUUCAAAACAAAAUUCGCGGAUGGCAUCGGACGCCUGUGUCAUGACUGCCGGAAGAGAGUUUGUCAGCGCUGCGGGGGUUUCACUAAAGGUCGCUGGGAUCCCAAGAAAAAGAAG